GGGCCAGCCGGGCAGUUCUCUCGCACUCUGCUGCCGAUUGCCCAAAACCACGCCUCGUUCGAUCGACCCAGCCGCGAUGCGUCCGGCCCGCGCGCCGGCACCGGCGGCGGCGCGCGGGGGCCUGGCGCUGUACGAGCUGUACAGGGCGGCGAGCCGCGCGGCGGCGCCUGCGGUGCUCCUUUGGCGGCGGCUGCAAGGGCUGGAGCACCCGACGCGGUGGCCGGAGCGGCUGGGCCAGCCGUCGGCGGCGCGGCCCCGGCCGGGAUCCCCGCUCGUGUGGUUCCACGCCGUGUCCCUGGGGGAGGGGAUGGCCGCGCUCCCCGUCGUCCGCCACUGCGCCGGCCUCCAUCCCGGCCUCCCCGUGCUCCUCACCACCACCACUCUCUCCUCAUUCGAAGUCAUCAAGGAUUUGCUCCCAGAUGGUGUCAUAUAUCAGUUUGCUCCUCUUGACUGUCCAGAUGCAAUAGACAGUUUUAUUGGAUACUGGAAGCCAAGUUUGGUACUUCUUAUGGAAAGUGAACUCUGGCCAAACCUCAUUAUGUCUGCAGCAGCAAAAGGGAUUGCAGUUGCUCUUUUAAAUGCCCGCAUGUCACUGAAGUCUUUCAACCGCUGGUCCGUGCCUCUAGGGUUGCCACUAGUCACUCUGAUGCUCUCUAAACUAUCACUUGUUGCCCCAUUGAGUACUAUUCAGGCUGUUCGAUUUCAGCUGUUACAUACGCCACCAGGGAUUAUCCAUUUUGCUGGAGAUCUAAAAUAUGCUGUUGGCGAUGUUAAUGUCAUGGAGAAUGAGGUCAACAAAAUAAAUGAUCUUCGGCAACAGUUUAGUAAUAGACCCCUCUGGAUGGCUGCUUCUAUUCACAGAGGUGAAGAACAAGUCAUUCUUCGGGUUCAUGAAGAGUUAAUCAAGAUUUAUCCCACUCUACUACUAAUUCUUGUGCCAAGACAUCCUCAGGACUGCAAGACUUUUUCCUUAGCACUGAAGAAACAAGAGGUCAAUUUUGUGCUGAGGUCGACAAAGGAAGUGGUAUCUUCAGGCACUAGGGUAUACAUGGUUGACACAUUAGGUUUGUGCACAGGCUCUCCUUAUGAAAGGGAAUUAAGAAUGCUUUACAGGGUCACCCCAGUUGCGGUUAUUGGCGGUUCAUUUCUACCUGGCUUAGCUGGCCAUAAUAUUUCUGAGGCUGCUGCAGCUGGUUGUGCUGUUGUGACAGGACCCCAUGUUGGACACUUCUACCAUAUGCUGCUUGAUAUGUGGCAAAUAAAUCCUUUAGCUGUCAAGCAGGUGGCUGGAGAAUUCAAACUUCUGCAAACACUAAAAGAACUGCUUGGUGAUGCCGAAACUCUGGGAGCAUGUCAAAGAGCUGCAAAAGAUGCAUUUUCCAUUAUGUCACAUGGAGUUGUGAACCGUGUAUGGAAUUUAGUCUGUAGGUUCGCCAUUGACUUCUGAAUAGAUACUUGGAGCAGUUAAUUUAGCUGAGCCCUCUUCUUGUAAUCUUCGUGGUAUGCUCAUGGAACCAAUUCCCCCCCCCCCCCUGAUAGUAUGAUAAUUGCCGUUCACCAUACUAUCGCUGCUGAUUUAUUGCCGUCCUGGAGGAACUCUUUUUUUUUUGAGGCGAUCCUGCAGGAACUCUGAGGAGGGGAAAUGCACAGGAAGACAACUGCACCGUUGUAAUGCGACAUGCUGGUGCCUGGUGGCCUGUUGAGUUGUGACGAAGGACAUGAAUCUCACCUGAACCGAGCAGUAUCGCCUUGUCGUCUACUCGGCUUGCUCCUCUCAGAAAUUAAAAUAUAUUUGGAUUAUAAAUUCCUCUGGGCUGCCUGUCAUCCUUCUGUUUCCUUGUGGCGUGGGUGAUAUAUUUUGCGAUUCUUUAGCGCCAGCAAGCAGAUGAUGUUUUGCAGUCCUUGUUCCUUUGUAAAAUUUCCACUUUCAAGGUUACGGGAAUUUCAAUUACGAUGCCAGUUUUAGUGUUAGAUGUCAA